AAAAGAGAGAGAAAUCAUUGUGGGUCAGCAGGUCCGAGAAGAGAGUACAUUUUAGACAUCACCUAGACCAGUGGUUCCUAGCCUGGCUACUCGUCAGAGUUAUCUGGGAUGCUACCAAGUGCUGAUUCUCCAGAGACUCUCACGAGAUUUGUUGGAGGAUUAGGUCUAGACAUUGCUUUUUGUAAAAGCUCCCCUGGAGAUUCUAAGUACAGCCAGGGUUGACAGGCAUUUCCCUGGAACAGAGGUCUCAACUUUGGCACAUAUUAUAAUCACUUGAGGAACUUUGAAAAAUACUGAUAACUGGGUCUGACCCUGGGAUUCUGAUUUAAUUGGUCUGAGAUGAGGCUGGACAUCAGGAUUUCUAAAAGCUCCCAGGAGAAUCUAACGUGCAGCCUAGGGGGGAGAACCAGUGCCCUAGACCCAACUAUUUCAUUUUGCAGAUGGGAAACCAAAGCCCAGAGAUGGGAAUGUAUUUGUCCAGGUCCACGGUAAAUGAAUGGAUGCAGAGAAUUCCUUCUCUCCUACUACAGGGCACAAAGCCCCGGACUCCAUUAUUUGUAUCUCUGACCAUUUGCUUCCAUACAAAUCUCAUUUAAUCCUCACAAAUUCUGCUGAGGUAGUGGGCAGUUAUUACCCCCAUUUUAUCAAGAAACAAAACUGUCCAGGUGACAUGCCGAAGGUAAAGGCAAGAACCUAGACUGCCCUGGUCCAGCACUCUUCUAACCCCAUCCCAUUGUCAUAUAGUUCUAGAAUGAACAGGUCAAUGCUGUGCAGUCUCCCAGGUGUAAAAGGGAGGGACUAUGAGGUAACAUUCUAGAAGGGUGACUAGGGUAGGACAGGAGGCAGAUGACUGUCCCCUUACAAACAGGGACUUUGGGACCAGCCAUGUCUUAUUUUAUGUCUCCACAAACUCAACCAGUUCGUCUGUCUUCCAGCCAAGGUGAGAGAGGGGCUCCUGGAACUGGAGCGGGUACCACAGCUUCCCCUGAGAACUUGCUUCUUGGCGCUGGGCAUUUGGGACUGGCCCUGGCGUCACUUGUUUCCCAAGAAAAGCCAUUCCCCAAACGCUUGCCAAUAGCUACCCACUUGCUCACUUAUUCAUUCAACAAAUACUUCUCUAUCGCUUACUCAGUGUUGGGGACCGGGGAUGUGGAUAUGAGUAAAACCUAGUUCCCAACCGCUAGACAUUCCUCUUGGGCUGCUCCUAAUUGAUCCAGUUCCUAGUGCUCUGCUCCUAUGCCCUGCCCCUCAGGGCCGCCUCCUCAGAGACCAAGAAUAACAUUCCAUCUCAUUCCUGUCUCUGCAGGUGGGGCUGCUUCUCCAGGCUCGUCUCUUGGCCUCUAUAGUCCUGUAGAGCCAGUGGUGGUGGCCUCUGGUGGACUAGGCCCACUGAGCCAGAAGGCUGAGCAGGUGGCACCUGUUGCCCAGGCCUGGGGCCCAGCGCUGGCAGUGCCGGAAGCCAGGGGCUGCCCUGGGGGGGCUGGCUGGGAAACACUGCGGCAGAAGGAGUACGGCCGAUACUGCCACAAAUUCCGCCACGUGAGGCGGCCGGAGAGCUGGGGCUGGGAAGAUGGCUGCUCCAGAAGCAGAGCUCCCCACCUGGGUGGCCCCAGCAGGCCUGGACCCCUGCUGCUGUGUGGGCUGUCACCAGGGGUUCUGCCAGUGCCCUGUGAGGCAGGAGGGAAGGAGGCCAGCUCUCAGCCUGACAUCUGCAUCCUUACCCUGGCCAUGAUGAUCGCUGGCAUCCCCACCGUGCCUGUCCCAGGCCUGCGGGAAGAGGACCUGAUCCGGGCAGCUCACGCUUUCAUGAUGGCCCAUCCGGAGCCAGAGGGGGCUGUGGAGGAGACACAGUGGGAGCAGGCGCAUGCCCAUACAACCUCUGGGCAGAUGCCCCUAGUGAUAUCCAGGAGGGGCCAGCCUCCUGGCUCCUGCUUGUAGCUGGACGAAAUAGCACCAGACACAUA